AUGGUUCUCGCCGUCGAUCUUCUUAACCCAACUCCUGCCGCUGAGGCCCGCAAGCACAAGCUCAAGAACCUUGUCCCUGCCCCAAGAUCAUUCUUCAUGGACGUCAAGUGCCCUGGCUGCUUCACCAUCACCACCGUCUUCUCGCACGCACAAACCGUCGUCAUCUGCGCCGGCUGCUCGACCGUUCUCUGCCAACCAACCGGAGGAAAGGCGCGUCUCACAGAGGGCUGCUCCUUCCGCAGAAAGUAG